ACUCACGCGCACCGCUUUACGCACCGCAAUCCCUCUCUCACGGAACUGACAAAUAGACCUACUAAGAUACGUACGCACUGUAGGGAAGCAUUUCAUUUGUACAGUUGAUCAGUGGGUACGCAAUUAUGGAGGAGAAUGUGACUUUGUCUGCUCGCGAUUAUCUGGAUUUACGCCUCUACGCGCAGAAACUUCUGAAGCAUGGAAACCUCUCUUUUCCGGCUCACGCGAACACUACGGAGACGACAGUCCAGGAGGACAGCUUGGAUGUGAACACGGACAUAUACUCCAAGGUGCUGGUCACUGUUAUAUACGUGAUUCUGUUUGUAAUCGGUUGUUUGGGAAACUCGAUCACGCUAUACACCUUACUCACAAAGAAAUCUCUCCAAAACCUUCAGAGUACCGUUCACUAUCACUUGGCGAGUCUCGCUGUUUCUGACCUACUCAUCCUGAUCCUGAGCAUGCCAAUCGAACUCUACAACUUUAUCUGGGUCCACCAUCCCUGGGCUUUCGGCGAAACUGUCUGCAAAGGUUAUUACUUCCUCCGCGACGGCUGCUCGUAUGCCACGGCAUUUAACAUCACCAGCCUGAGUGUGGAACGUUAUAUGGCCAUCUGCCACCCAUUCAAAGCUAAGAGCAUCAUGUCUCGUAGCCGAACCAAGAAGCUUAUCAGCGGGAUGUGGGUAGCCUCCUUCCUCCUGGCGACACCAAUGCUCCUUACGAUGGGACAGCGAUCGGAAAACGCUGAGCAUAUUUGUACAACGAUUGUGUCGCCAGUUACAACCAAGACAGUGAUUCAGGUCAAUGCCUUCCUGUCCUUUGUGGUUCCCAUGACGCUGAUCUCGGUGCUGAAUGGAGUGAUCGCUAAUCAGCUGCUGCGCAUGUUCCGGGAAUCAGCGCAGGACAACCGCGUCUGCGUCGUCGGGGGCAACGCCACCAUGCUGAGUGUUGCCGUGGAGCCCAACCGCACCCAGUCUCUACGUCAUGGGGUCAUGGUUCUACGUGCUGUGGUCAUUGCGUUUGUGCUCUGCUGGCUUCCUUAUCAUGCACGAAGACUCAUGUUCUGCUAUGUGGCCGAGUGGACAGAUGCCCUGUACGACUUCUACCAUUACUUCUACAUGGCCACCAAUGUGCUCUUUUACGUCAGCUCAGCGGUGAACCCAGUGCUUUACAACCUUGUAUCGGCCAACUACCGUCAGAUCUUCUUUUCCACGCUACGCUACUUCUUCGUCCCAUGCCGCCGCCAGAAGAAGAAGCGCAUCCUCACCAGGCACUCCAUCAGCAUCUGCAGUAACCAGACCUUUUCCACCAAUGCCAUCAAAGAGACCAUCUACUGACCCAAUCAGCAUCUGCAGCAACCAGACCUUCUCCACCAAUGCCAUCAAAGAGACCAUCUACUGACUCAAUCUAGUAGACCGUCAAUUGACUCCAUCAAAGACAUCAUCUCCUGACUCCAUCAAAGACAUCAUCUCCUGACUCCAUCAAAGACAUCAAUCAUCUCCUGACUCCAUAAAAGACACCAUUUCCUGACUCCAUCAAAGACAUCAAUCAUCUCCUGACUCCAUCAAGACACCAUCUCCUGACUCCAUCAAAGAGACCAUCUCCUGACUCCAUCAAAGACAUCAUCUCCUGACUCCAUCAAAGAUAUCAUCUCCUGACUCUCCACAUCCCUUUGCUCCAGGACUCCUGAACGUGCCAGACACGCGACUCGGGGUGUGUGUGUGUGUGUGUGUGUGUGUGUGUGUGUCAGACAUGAGUCAUUUCAGACUGAUCUCAUUUCAAAGGGAAAACAUGAUUCAUGUAGUAUUGUUCUGUCUCAUCUUGCACAUGGCAAAUAGACGCCCUUGAUAGUUUGUUAAUAUCAAGCACAGAGUGGCAUGUUUUAAUUUCAGAUUUUGUUUUUCAAUUCAGCUGCAGUAUUGCAGAGUUAUCACGGUCGUCACGUGCCAAAAGAAUUACGGUGUGAAGACACACUGAUGGUGCAGUUAAAAAAAACGGACAAACACUUGACAAUCAGGAGCGAGCAGGGCGAUGGCUGGUGAUUGUGGCACUCCUCAGGUGCCAGUGAUGGCCGCUGCCGCCCAGCACCCCAACAUUUCCUCCGGUGGCAGCGACUCAAAUGGCCUCUGCCGCACACCCCCCCAACAUUUCCUCCGGCGGCAGCGACUCAAAUGAGUGGGAGCUCGGUGCCUCGCAGGCCCUGAAAUGCACUGAAAUUCAAUCCCUUCUUGGGCUCGGGAUGUCAUCCAUUUUUCAAAGUGGGGCACUGCCCACCACUGCGGCAGCAUGCAGGGAAAUCCAAUACGGACGUGUGGAGGUCUGUUCCAGCAACUGUGGACACAGUGUAGUCCUGUGUGUAAUGUGACAGGUCAGUCGUAUUAACAGAGGCCCUGUUCCCAGGUGCACUGUAGCCGGGAAAUGGAUGUGCUUCUGACCCACUGAGAUCCACUGUUAUGAAAAAAACGGGAAUACUAUGUGGUAAGAACACAGUAGUUUUUCAUCACGUUCUUUCCUGCAUUACUAGGCUACAGUAUGUGCAGGUCUCUCAUCCUGGCUUUAUAAAUAGGACCCGUACGGAGACACCUGCGUGUGGGAGAUUGUUGAGGGUUGUUGGUGGGGACCAGAUGUACAUACGAGCUGGAUUAGUACAAGCAGGACAAUCUCAGACUUCAAAGCCAAUUCUCAGCAACAGCAUAAUGCAGCCAGUCAUGUCAGCCGUUGAGUGAAAGAGAGAGAGAGAGAGAGAAUGAGUGAGAUUGAGAGAGAGAGAGAGAAUGAGUGAGAUUGAGAGAGAGAGAGAG